AUGGAGUCGCUUGCACUUGAAGUCGUCGAUAAGAGCACCGGACAGAUGACCGUGUUUACAUCAAAGGUCAACGAGGAAAACAAGCUGGAAUUAAAUCUUCUAUACUAUACACCGUUGUCUGAAUUUCCUGAGGGAAUUAGCAAGAUGAGGAAACUGAAGGUAUUGAGACUCUGUACAGACAACAUACACUCUAUUCCCAAAACUAUUGCCAAACUGAGGGAACUAGAAGAGCUAGAUUUGCUUACAAGUUAUCAUGGGUAUGGUGAGGAACCAUCUUUUUUGGAAGGCGUUGGUCUGCACGAGGUCCCUACUGUUGUUUGUGAUCUUCCAUGUCUGAAAGCUUUGUCUGUGUCUGGUAACACUCGAAUCCCAUUGCUGUUUGAUGAGCUAAUGUCAUGUCAACUACCCAGUACUCUUGUGGACGUGGAAAUGUCGAAAUGCCAUUUGACACAAGCGACUUUGUCCCUGAUUUGCAACAAUUUGAAACUGCGCAGAUUGGAUUUAUCAAUGAAUUUUCUGCAGUCUGUUGAAUAUUGCAGCACAGGGACGGAAGGAGAGUCAACAGUCUUGAAUGAUUUAGAAGAGCUGGAUUUGUCAGGGAACAUGGAUCUCCACACAUUUGCAUUAGCAGGUCUCACCAAGUUGAAAGACUUGAAUUUGAGUUGCUGUAUGAACAUACAGCAGCGACAACUACAAAUGAGUGACUUCCAUUGUUUAGAGAGACUGGAUUUGUCUGACAUCUUCCUAGGAGUAUUUCCCACAUUUUCACGUUUACAAGGGAUGCAUGUCCAAACAUUGGAUGUGUCUGACUGUAAUUUAGAAGAGAUACGGUCAGAGUUGAUGUUAUUUAACAUUUCCUAUGAGCUGGAUCUUUCUGGAAACAUGGGAUUAUCGUGUCUUCCCAACAACGUAUGGAAUGGACUUAACUUGGAGAUAUUGAAUCUAAGCUAUUGUGGUAUAUCAAGUGUACCCAAUACAGAAGUCAAUAUUAGGAUAAUUAACCUGAAGGGAACUUAUGUCACUCAUCUUCCCAAGAAGUUUGUCUUUAGUCAUAAACUUGAGAAAUUGGAUGUAUCUAGAUGUCCACUAGUGUCUCCACCCAUUGAAGUGUGUGAACAAGGGAUCAGUUUUAUAAGGGAAUAUUUGCAUGAGUUGGAAAGGGUGGGUGGAGUACGACGUGGCAGAAUAAAGAUUCUAGUGAUUGGAAUUACAAUGGCAGGAAAAACAAGCCUCGUUGAAGCACUGAAGAGUGGUAACCCAUUUCUGGCAGAACCCGAUAAGAGAACUAUAGGUGUGGAAGAAAAAGUAAUAAAGCUGGAUGAUAAAGUAGAAUGCAAAGUGCUGGACUGUGCUGGUCAGAAGACAUACAUGCUAACCAACCAGCUGAUGGUUAGUGAUAAUUCACUAGCAUUGAUUGUCGUCGAUGGCAGUCGGUAUCAGUUCACUGCACAAUGUUUUCAUUCCAACAUUGGAAAUUUUCUGCAAGUCUUGUACGAGAGAAACAGCAGAUCUCACGUUGCCAUUGUGGUCAGUAAAGUCGAUCUGAUGGUUGACAUGUCAAGAGAAGAAAUGAUUAAGAAGUGGAAUGAACAUCUGCACACUUGUCUACAUCAAUUCCUGGAGAUCAGACGAGUUCAGAUCAAGCGAAUGGCGGCAAGCAUUGCAGCCAGUGAUUCUCGUAAAAGCAAAUACGUGUUAAAGUGUCUUCAAUUUUUUGAAUCACAGCAAAUAACUGUUGAAGAAACGGUAAUGGUGACGAGUGCAGCCACACACGAAGGAGUGGUCAGCCUAAAGGAUCGUUUAAGAGAAUUGUGUGUAGAUGAAAGUCUAUUGCCUUCACUGCACACAGAGUUGCCAUCAUCGUGGGUGACCGUAGAAGACAAGUUGCUUAUACCACAAUCUGCCACAUCUGUUCCCAUUACAGAUGUCUUCUAUGCAGACCUAGUGUGUGCAAAGCACGGAUUGACAGAAAAAAGGUGUCGUGAGUUACUAAUCUACCUGCACCGGGUUGGAAGCAUUUUGUAUUACCCAUAUCAAAGGACUUUAUCACAAGUUUUCUUUCCUGUUCCACCGUUUGUGGUCAAUGUGCUGAAGACUGUUUUCAGACACGAUCACCACCGUUUGGAAUAUGGCAGUCGCUUUAUUGAGGUAGACAUAGCUCCUGAGCAGUUUGAGGAAAUGAAGCUUGACCUUGUUUUUAACGGCAUUGCGAGGGUGCCUAUGCUGCUGGCAUUGUGGAGUGAGUUCCACCUUACUGCAGAUUGUUAUGUGGACGUGUUUAUUAAGCUUUUUCUUGCUCUGGACUUUGCUUAUCUCACUGGCUCAUCAGACGUUGUAGUUCAGGAACUGUUGGACACUCUUGCAGGUAGACACAUGAUUACAUCAACUGUCUCAAUGUCUACAGACACUAUCAGUAUGACUUCAGAUUCAUCUAGGGACACUAUUAGCAUCACAUCAGAGUCAUCUAUGGACACUACAAGCGUCACAUCAGAUUUAAAUAGUCAAGUAAUAGGAGAAAACCAGCAACCAGUUCAGACACACAGUUGCGAAGAAAUGAUUUCUAAGUUUAAACAACAUAAUGUAGGUUUACUUUUGCCAUGGUUACUCAAUGAUGAGGAACCAGAUGAUGUGAGUCAACUUUGGUGUGCAGAUCUACCAGAUGGAGUGAUGCAAGUUGUGGUCAAAUAUUCAUUUGCAUAUGAUUGUCCUUUGGGUUUGUUUGAACGACUGUCUGCUUGUUGUCAUCGUCAUUCUAAUUAUAUUCUUCAUUGGAGCAGUGGACUGCUGAUGUGUUAUGGUGCGGUGACUUUGCUUUUCAGGCGCAGCAAGAAUACUUCAUACGGCUUUAUAUGUCUCAGUGCUAGAGUAGUGAAGUCACAUCACAGUGUUGGCAGAUUGUGGCAUGUUCUUCUGCGUUGUGUGUCAGAUAUGGAAGGGCUUCUUCAGUCUCUUCCUGGUGUUCUCAUUGAUCGAUCCAUCUGCGGGGGAUGUUCUUCUACUACAAGUAGAAAGUCUCUUCUCAAUCGACCUAAACAGUUUGUGCCAAAUGCAAAAUGGGGACCGUUCGCAGUAGAAACUGUAGCUGGAAGUUUUAAUUCAGAGAUGUCGGAACAUGUACAAACAGUCGAGCAAGUGUGUCCAAGUGUAAAGGAAGGUAUACCUCUCUCUGAAGUUGUUUCAUCAGAAAGUGGAAAUUCAGUGGAUCAAAAGGUGCUCCAACAGAUAGCAGCAGAUAUAGGCAAGUGGUGGCCUAAACUAACAAGUAUUAUUGGUACUGGCCAGUCCACGGUGUCAGAGCUGCGUGAAAAGGAUUCUGACCCCAGGUUUGCCCCUGCAGCAGCAUCUCGUAUAUUGCGUGAGUGGCAAGAGUCAAGAAAGAAUGAAUUGAAGGUAUUUGAAUUGUAUGAUGCUCUACUUAUUGCUGACAUUCCAUCUGAUCCACAACGGCAUUUGAGUGAUGUCAUGUCACCCGAUGCAGCAUCUGGAUUAGAAAAAUCUAAAGAGACGGCUGCACGUGGUGAGACAAGUCGAGCUGACUCUGAGACGGUCACUCCACAUAUCAUAGAGAAAGUAGCCGAAAAUUGUUCAGAGCGUUGGCAUGAAAUAGGUAUAUACCUUGGAGUUUCACGUUCAGUGCUGACUGAAUGUGACCGACCUCUGUACACAUUGAAAGAAAAAUUGCGUAAAGUUUUGUCAUUUUGGACAGAUCAAAAUAGACAUUCUACAGUUAAGCAAUUAUUGUCUGCUUGUGAUGAAGCUAAAGUAGGUGGAAUAGUGAGGAGAAUAUUGGAGAGCGAUGCAGCAGACUGAAUUAAUUUAGAUAUGGCAUAAGAGUGCAUAUGCUUUAGGUUUUAUCAUGUUAUCUUAUAAU